GUUUUUUUCUGCCUGCUGAGGAUAUUUGUGUAUUUACGGCUUCCUGGAGGAAACUGUGGGCCGACUUUAUGCUCUGUGCGUGUGUCAGAGGGCGGCACAGUGAGCAAGAAGACAUGCGAGUAAGUUUGUCACUAUGCAUCUGGUUGAGCUGCUAAACUCCUCGCUGAAACCUUUGGAGUGAUUUAUUUGGUUUUUCAACCUUUCCUGGAUGAUUUCUUGGCGAAGGAUUUGGGAUUUAAACUUUUGGACACCUUGGCGCAAUCGUUUUGGUUUUUACCCUCUCCUGUGGCGUUUCCUGCUUUUAUGUGUUUUUCUGAUCCCGUCCUUGAAUCCGGAUGAGUGUGCUGCGCUGGCACCGGCUCUCUGCGCUCUGGAGGAACUGGAUGUUCAACCAGGAGCCUGCAGAAGAGCAGGGCCAGAUUCCCGAAGCUCCGGGAGACGAAGAGGAACCGCAGCAGAAAGAACGCAGCAAGUUCACAGAUUCCAGCCCGGAUUGUUUGAAUCUGACGGGAGCUGACACCCAAGACUCGGAAUUCGAGGAACAGAGUCUGGAUUUUAUAAAUCAGAAUGUUGUUCCAAAGGUCCGGAGGUCUGAACUGCUGAAGCGGAGCUGCUCCGAGCCGUGCUCUCAGCCGUCGAACCACGUGGAUCGGUCAAACAGCUGUGGCUACGUGGCUGAGGGCUGUGACCUUACGUUACAGGUGGAUAACGGCACCGAGGGGGAUGACAGCUUCCUGCAGAGAGACGGGUCCCAGCGGCGCUCCAGGCGGCGCUUCAGGAGGGUCAACCCGAAAGGAGAGCGGGAACUCAUCACUGAUGGCCAAGAACCCGCCAGCUACAACAACACGGAUUAUGUCAACAACAAGCUUCCUGCCGAUCUCAAUAAGAUGCACCUGACGGACCACGCCCACCAGCAGGUGAUGCACAUGGCGCCCAGCCAAUCAGGGUGCAGCAUCACCAGCGACUCGGGCAGCAGCAGCUUGUCGGACAUUUACCAGGCCACAGAGAGCGACCUGGGAGACGUGGAUCUGUCUGGACUGCCAGAGGCUCCAGUGGACAGCGAGGAAGAGGAGGAGGAGGAUGAAGACCUGGAGAGAGCGUCAGACGGACUCCUGGGCCGGGACCUGGUCCGAGAGUGUCUGGAAAAAGACCCAGCCGACCGCAACGACGACGACAUCGAACAACUGCUGGAGUUUCUGCACCAGCUGCCUGCGUUCGCCAACAUGACCAUGUCCGUACGGCGAGAGUUGUGCAGCGUCAUGGUGUUUGAGGUGGUGGAGCAAUCUGGCACGGUCAUCCUGCACAACAAACAAGAGCUCGACCACUGGUAUGUGAUCUUGAACGGAGCCGUGGAGAUCAGCCGUGCAGAAAGCCGAACAGAGACUCUUUGUAUGGGGAACAGCUUUGGCAUCUCGCCCUCACUGGAUAAGCAGUACAUGAACGGAGAAGUUCGCACCAAAGGAGAUGACUGCCAGUUCGUCUGCAUCGCCCAGGAGGAUUACUGGCGCAUCCUCAACCACGUGGAGAAAAACACGCACAAGGUGGAGGAGGAGGGGGAGAUCGUGAUGGUGAAGGAGCACCGCGAGCUGGACCGCAGCGGCACCAGAAAGGGUCACAUCGUCAUCAAGGGAACUCCAGAGCGUCUGAUCAUGCACCUGGUGGAAGAGCCGUCGGUGGUGGACCCCACCUACAUCGAGGACUUCCUGCUGACCUACAGGACCUUCCUGUCCAGUCCCAUGGACGUUGGCAGGAAACUGCUGGACUGGUUCCAGGUGGACUGCUACCGGGACACGGUGACGAGAAUAGUGCUGCUUUGGGUCAACAACCACUUCAACGACUUUGAGGGCGACUCGGCCAUGACGCGCUUCCUGGAGGAAUUUGAGAAACGUCUAGAAACAUCAAAAAUGAAGGGUCAUCUGAGGUUGCUGAACAUUGCAUGCGCAGCCAAGGCCAAGUGGAGGCAGAUCACGCUGCAGAAGGCGUCCAGAGAGUCGCAGCUGCAUUUCAGCGUGCAAGGAGGCAGCGAGAGAGGAUUCGGCGUCUUUGUGGAGUCGGUGGAAGAAGGAAGCAAAGCGGCAGAGACCGGACUCAAGCGGGGGGAUCAGAUCAUGGARGUUAAUGGUCAGAACUUUGAGAACAUCGGCUUGUCCAAAGCCGUGGACAUCCUGAGAAAUAACACACACCUUUCCCUCACYGUGAAAACCAACAUCUUUGUGUUCAAAGAGCUGCUGAGCAGGAUCAUGCACGAAAAGAAAAACGGUGGCCCUCACAUUCCUAARAUCCAGGAGAAAAAGGGCAACCGUUUCUCCAUCGCCGACUUCUCCGGAGACAUCGAGUUCCCCACGGACAGCAAAAGCACCCGGAAGAUGAAAGCGAACACCGUGUCGGGGGGACGCAACAAGAUCAGGAAGAUGCUGGAGAAAACGCGCUUCAGYAUACUACCGCCCAAACCAUUCAGGGGCCUGUUUGGUGACGGCGGCCUGGGUCAGAGUCAGGAUGACAGCAUCGUGGGCACCAAACAGUGCCGUCACAGCGUCGCCAUCAUGCCCAUUCCUGGAAACCUGUCGUCAAGCAGCCCUGACCUGCUGCAGCCGGCCACCAGCAUACUCGACUUCUCCAACCCCGCCGCUCUUGGAUUGUACUACAUCCCAGACCAGGUAAUCCGCGUGUUCAAGGCAGACCAGCAGAGCUGCUACAUCAUCAUCAGCAAGGACACGACGGCCAAGGACGUCGUCACACACACCGUCAACGAGUUCAGCCUCCCGGCGCCGCCGGACACCUACUCCCUGUGCGAGGUGUCCGUCAGCCCAGAGGGGGUCAUCAAGCAGCGCCGGCUUCCCGACCAGCUCUCCAAACUGGCCGACCGGAUUCAGCUGAACGGCAGAUAUUACCUGAAGAACAACAUGGAGACGGAGACGUUGUGUUCAGAUGACGACGCUCAGGAUCUCCUCAGAGAGAGUCAGAUCUCCCUGCUGCAGCUCAGCACCAUGGAGGUCGCCGCCCAGCUGUCGAUGAGAGACUUUGAACUCUUCAGAAACAUCGAGUCCACAGAAUAUGUGGAGGACUUGUUCAAGCUGGACCUGUCUGCUGGGUGUACAAACCUGAAACAGUUUGAGGAGGUGAUAAACCAGGAGACCUUCUGGGUGGCUACUGAGAUCCUGAAAGAGCCAAACACCCUGAAGAGGAUGAAGACCAUCAAGCACUUCAUCAAGAUCGCUCUGCACUGCAGAGAGUGCAAGAACUUCAACUCUAUGUUCGCCAUCAUCAGCGGGCUGAACUUGGCACCGGUGGCUCGGCUGCGAAGCUCCUGGGAGAAAUUGCCCAGUAAGUAUGAGAAGCUCUUUGAAGACCUGCAGGACGUCUUCGACCCGUCCAGGAACAUGGCCAAGUACCGCAACGUGCUGAGCAGCCAAAGCAUGCAGCCGCCCAUCAUCCCGCUGUUUCCUGUGGUCAAGAAGGACCUCACCUUCCUGCACGAAGGCAACGACUCCAACGUUGACGGCCUUGUGAACUUUGAGAAGCUGCGGAUGAUCGCGAAGGAGAUCAGACAUGUGGUGCGGAUGACCUCGGCCAACAUGGACCCCGCCCUCAUGUUCAGACAGAGGAAGAAGAGGUGGAAGAGUUUAGGGUCUCUGAGUCAAGGCAGCACCAACUCCAACAUCCUGGACGUUCAGGGUGGAGCCCAUAAGAAGCGCGUGCGCCGCAGCUCCCUCCUGAACGCCAAGAAGCUUUACGAAGACGCCCAGAUGGCCAGGAAGGUGAAGCAGUACCUGUCCAACCUGACGGUGGAGACGGAUGAGGACAAACACCAAAUCAUGUCCCUGCAGUGUGAGCCGUCUUACAACACAUUGGGUAAAAACCUGAGCGAGCGGCGGGCGAACAAGUCGGACAUGUCUCCGGUGUCCCUCAGGGCGACGCUACCCUCAGGGAAAACUCAGAACAGGGUGUCACAAGUCCUGCAGGUCCAGGUGCCUCUGAACCCUCUGAGGAAGAAGAGCACCGCCAAGGACUUCGGCACCUCCAACUCAAAUUCUCCGCAGGUGGUGAAGAAACCUUCAGCGAACUCGUCGGAUGAGUGGAGCGCCAAGAGGCCGUCUGAUGACACCGUUUCCAUCGUGUCGUCGCUCCACUCCAGCCCCACAGUGUCGCCUCAGGGCUCGCCACGCAAAGUGGGCGGCGCCGCAAAAUCWCAGAACUCCAGCCAGAUGAACUUAUCGGGAUCCUCGUCGUCGCUGACCAGCGACGCCAGUACAAAGACGGGCACCAUCAGUCUGCGCAGCUACGGCAUAGGUUGUCCCCUCCUCCCUUCUGCCAAAUCGGACAACCUGUCGGACUCCAGUCACAGCGAGAUCUCGUCCCGCUCCAGUAUCUGCUCCGUGGACUCGGCGCAGGCCUCCGGACCGGACGACCGCUGUAACCGGGCCGGUUCCGGUACGGCUGCCACCGUUGCUGUCAAUGCUACGGCCGCGACGGCUGCUGUGGUCGCUGAGGGCACAGCGGCAUUAAAUGCACACUUAACUGCUGAUUACAGCCAGCCCAGCWCAAGCUCUUCAGUCGUGGCUCGAGGAGGACAUGCAGCGCGACCUUUCACCUCCUCCCUCUCCACGGAGGAGCUGACCCCGGACCACGCCUCCCUGUCCCUGGACUCGGUGGUGGACAGCGGUCGCGGCAGCUGGACUUCCUGUUCCUCCAACUCUCACGAAUCCUUCCAAAUCCUCCCCGCCUCGUCCUGCCGGCCCUGGGACCACGGYAUCCACGGCCACCCGCUCUCCCUCCCCCACRCGCACCUGAGCGGCUUCAAACUCCCGCCGCUGGGCCGGACGAUGGCCGAGGCGGACGCCGCCAGGCCCUCGUGGGCCGGCGACACCGCCGCCGGCCGCCUCGCCAGAGACUCCAGCUCAGAUCUGAGCGUUGCGGCGCGGGAGAGCCGGACGUCGUCGGGCUCCCUGUCGGAUAACUACGAGGGGAAUUACGGAACGAUAAAGCGGCGAAACGCCUCGGAGCUUCCUUCCUCGCCGGCCAACGAGGAAGGAGGGCAAAGCGCAGACGCCUCGUACAAAACGGUGACGUCGAGCACAGAGAAGGGCCUGAUAGUGUACUGUGUCACGUCCCCCACUAAGGAUGAGCGUUACCGAGCUCCCCCUCCCACCCCUCCAGGCUACCAGGGUCUGGCUCUGGGCGACCUCGGGGUCGCAGACGGAGUAGGCGGCGGGCCGGGGUCUCCCGCCCCCCGACCUCCUCACCUCAGACCUCCAGACUACAGCGUGGCCCUGCAGAGGAGCAAGCUCCUGCAGAGCCCCGGCGCGGCCAGCGGGCUGGCCGAGGCGCGGAGGCUUCACCUCCGAACGGCCAGCCCCAUUCAGGGCCAGUCCAGACCGCCCAGCGUCGUCCCCCCAGCGCAGGACCUGGCUGACAGCGAGGACGAUUUGCACUAAAAAAAAGUGAAAUGUUGUCCCAUCUCCUCUGUUCCAGAUGAACAGGUGUCGGCGGUGUGAACUCAGCAGCCGGGGGUCAUCGUGUGACCUCUGACCUUUUAUGGACCCGUUUCACAAAUCAGAGAUUUUAGAGACUUUUUUAAAAAAGAGAGCUUAUGAACAAAGCUGGAAGAGGCGAUCGCAUCGCAGGAGACGGACUUUUAGAAGGACAGAGACGAUAUUUAUGACGUACCUCCAUUCGCUCUCCAGGCUCACUCAUCUGCACGUUUUGUCGUCUUUGCUUUAACUUGACGUUUUGCUUUAAUCGGCUGGAUUUGCAAACGUGAACUCCUCCUUGGUUUCAUUCUUUUUAACUUGAAUUUAAAUUAUGAAGAUCCACAGCUCUCAAAACAGAUGAUGCUGAGAGUUUUAAGUGUUUUAAGUUUUUUUUUUCUUUUGCGUUCCCUCACAAUGAAUUAGCAAAACCACUGGUCUGUUUCACAUACAGUCACAAAUUUACAUUCUGAACUAUUUGGUGCAUAAAUCUGAUUGAAAAUCGAUUUAUUAGCUGCAUGUUUACAUUUGUUUGUAUCUGAGAUGUGGCUGCACAUGGAAACGACCCUUUGUUAACAUUUCGGACGACAAACAAAAAAAUCAAUCAAACCUGUCAGGUGUCUUUAAAAUAAGUAAAUAGUUUGAAAAGAGAGCUUUUGUAUUUUACUCGUCUGUUUGGUGGAUUUCGAUCCUGAAAAAAAGAUACAAACUUCAGAUAUUUCAAAAACGAGAUACUAGGGAUGUGCUGUGGUUCAGCACAACCCACAUAUGGAGGCCUUAGUCCUCAACGCAGCUGUCACAGGUUCGAUUCCCAGCCUUUGCUGCAUGUCU